AUGUCCGUCCAGACGGUCUCCUUCCAGCCCUUUGCUGACCAGAAACCCGGCACCUCUGGUCUCCGCAAGAAGGUCAAGGUCUUCCAGCAGCCCAACUACUCCGAAUCCUUCGUCACAAGCACUAUCCUGUCCAUUCCCGAGGGCGCAGAUGGUGCGUUCCUGGUCAUCGGCGGUGAUGGCCGCUACUACAACGACGUGGUGAUCCAGAAGAUCGCCAAGAUCAGUGCCGCCUACGGUGUUAAGAAGCUGCUGGUCGGCCAGAAUGGCAUCCUCAGCACUCCUGCGGCCAGCAACCUCAUCCGCGUGAGGAAGGCGACUGGUGGAAUUCUGCUGACGGCCAGUCACAACCCGGGUGGCCCCGAUAACGACUUUGGUAUCAAGUACAACCUGUCCAACGGCGCUCCAGCCCCAGAGACGGUGACCAACAAGAUCUACGAGACCUCCAAGUCCCUCACCUCCUACAAAUACGCCGAGAUCCCAGAAGUGGACAUCUCCAGCAUCGGUUCCAAGACCUACGGCCCGCUGGAGGUCGAGGUCGUGCACUCGACCGCCGACUACGUAAACAUGAUGAAGGAGAUCUUCGACUUCGACCUGAUCAAGGAGUUUCUCAGCACGCACAAGGACUUCAAGGUGCUGUUCGACGGCAUGCACGGAGUGACGGGCCCCUACGGCGUGGACAUCUUUGUCAAGGAGCUCGGAUUGCCCGCCAGCAGCACGAUGAACUGCGUGCCCAAGCCGGACUUUGGUGGUGGCCACCCGGACCCCAAUCUCGUGUAUGCGCAUGAGCUUGUCGAGGCCGUCGACAAGAACGGCGUGCACUUUGGUGCGGCGAGCGAUGGCGACGGGGACCGGAACAUGAUCUAUGGCGCCAAGUCGUUCGUCUCGCCCGGCGACAGUCUGGCGAUCAUUGCGCACCAUGCCAAGCUCAUCCCCUGGUUCCAGAAGCAGGGCGUGUACGGCCUGGCGCGGUCUAUGCCCACCGCGGGUGCUGUGGACCGGGUUGCUCAGGCGCAAGGGCUGGAAAGCUACGAGGUGCCGACGGGCUGGAAGUUCUUCUGCAAUCUGUUCGACAACAAGAAGAUCUCCAUCUGCGGCGAGGAGAGUUUUGGGACGGGCAGCAACCACAUCCGCGAGAAGGACGGCGUGUGGGCCAUUGUGGCCUGGUUGAACAUCAUCGCCGGCGUGGCCAAGCAAAAGCCCUCGGAGACUCCCAGCAUCGGCUCCAUCCAGAACGAGUUCUGGCAGAUCUACGGCCGUACCUUCUUCACGCGCUACGACUACGAGAACGUCGAUUCCGAAGGCGCCAACAAGGUGGUUGCCACCCUGUCAGAUCUGGUCGCCAACCGCGACACCUUUGUCGGGUCGACCAUCGCCGGCCGCAAGGUGACGGAUGCCGGCAACUUCUCCUACACCGAUUUGGACGGUAGCGUUUCUAAGAACCAGGGCUUGUACGUCAAGUUCGACGAUGGCAGCCGCAUCGUCGUCCGGCUGUCCGGUACGGGUAGCAGCGGCGCCACGAUCCGUCUGUACGUCGAGCGCUACGAGAGUGACAAGUCCAAGUUCCACCUCAGUGCCCAGGAUUAUCUGAGCGAGAACAUCGCCAUGGCCCUGUCACUGCUCAAGUUCAAGGAAUAUGUCGGUCGCGAGGAGCCCGAUGUCAAGACCUAA